CUAAACCCACAACAGUAAAAUCAGUCUGUAUAUACAGUAAAGCAUGCUUGUUAUACUCACUGUGGAAUCUAAGGGGUUAAUCCACUGCAUUGUAUAAAAACGCUGUUUGAUCUUGACUUCUUGUCCCCUUUUAUCUCCUGAUAAGACAUAUCUUGUGGAGUCACUCUGCACAUGCUCAGUUUGGUGUGUAUUGCUAGAGAGGCUUUUUUUCUUUGGCCCUGUGCUGAUCACAUGCACUCUCCCAUCAGCAGUGUCCAGACAGAGGUCAGUGGUUCUGCAUCCUCUCCUAGAGCA